GCGCAGACCUCUGGCAGGUUACACGAGUUUAUUUUCAGCGAUUUUGUUGGAGACGGGUCAUGAUGGUGUAAACUAACCGUGACCAAGCCUCGUGCCAAGAUAACAAUGUUUUUCCUGGACUCUUAAAACCUCAGUGGAAACGUCUCCGGUGAACCGAGGUUUGGAAUUUCGCGGUGACAUGUGAAAUGUUGCUGCGUGGAUUGUCGGUAUUUCCAGGCGGCGACGGACAGACCAAGCCAGGCUAGUGUAGCUAACUAGCAGCUCGGCUAGCUCUCGUUAGCCUCUCCGCUGGCUGAGCGUGUUGUAGUGUUGACGCAGUGUUUAUCGCGGCUUUGCUUGUUUGUAAGUGUCCGGUAAUAUCAUCUACAGCCUCCUAAGUUUCACACCGGAGUGCUGUUUAAGUGCACAGACAGGGCAGCGGGGCAACUUGGCUAAUGUUAGCUACUUUUGUGCGCUGUACACCGCUGUGAAUGAGAGUGAUUUGUCCCUUAAAAUAGCACUAUCCACCAUCAAAUAAUCAGUUUGACAUCCGGUCCGUUCACAUUAAACCGACCCAGUUAAAACCGGUGCUGAAAUGCAGCGCUGAUACAUGCUCUCUGUUUGCUAGGAGCUCACGUCGCACUACACCAGUCAUAUUGUUUUGGCUGACAUGGCAGCCAGCGGAUACUCUGACCUGAGGGAGAAGCUGAAAUCCAUGACACCACACAGAGACGAGUACAAAAAUAAAUACGUGGACGGGACGAGUAACGGCAGCGGGAAAGGUCGAAAGCGCAAGAAUCGGGAGUCCGACGACGAUGAAUGUGAGUACAGCGAUGACAGCGCGGAGCUCCGGGAGCAGGAGGCCCGCCGGGUGAGGAGCAGCAUCCUACAGAAGAGCAUCUUCACACCGGAGGAGUGCGCCCUCAUCGAGGAGAAGAUCGACGAGGUGGUCGCCAACGGAGAGGCUGGACUUUACCGAGAGCAUACUGUAGACAGGGCACCCCUCCGUAACAAGUACUUCUUCGGGGAGGGGUACACGUAUGGAGCCCAGCUGGAGAAGCGUGGACCGGGUCAGGAGAGGUUGUACCGGAAAGGAGAGGUGGACGAGAUCCCGAGCUGGGUGCAUGAGCUAGUGAUCAAGCGGCUGGUGUCUAAUGGAGUGAUCCAAGAAGGGUUUGUCAACAGUGCAGUCAUCAAUGAUUAUCAGCCAGGUGGCUGCAUUGUUUCACAUGUUGAUCCUCUGCACAUCUUUGCACGACCCAUUGUCUCAGUGUCCUUCUUCAGUGACAGUGCACUCUGCUUCGGCUGCCGCUUCCAGUUCAAACCAAUCCGGGUGUCAGAGCCAGUGUUUGUGCUGCCUGUGAGGAGAGGCAGUGUCACAGUGCUCAGUGGCUACGCUGCAGAUGACAUCACCCAUUGUAUCCGGCCCCAAGACAUCAAGGAACGGCGUGCCGUCAUCAUCCUUAGAAAGACAAGACCUGAUGCUCCUCGACUGGACUCUGACAGCCCUUUAAGCUCUUCCCCUGCAGAGAGACCCACUCCUCUGAAAGCCAAACGCUCUCAUCGUAAAGCAGACCCUGAUGCUGCUCACAGGCCGAGGGUUCUGGAGAUGGAUAAAGAGGAGAACAGACAUCCUUCACUCUCCCGUCAUCGUCGUCACAGCGGCAGCUCAGAGAACUACUGGAGGCGUGGUCAGGACUACGACAAACACCGGGAGAGUUCAGGACGCAAAGUCAAAAUGAGACGUCAUUGAGCACUACUCACUCACACAUGUACACAUAUAGAUAUACUCGUUCUUUUAUGUAUUUCAGUCUUGUAACAUUCUUUGAUCAGACAUCAUUUUCUCGCUCCAGUUUCUGUGUGGCACAAGGAGCACAGUCAUCAUGCCGUCUGCAUUUUGAUUUGAGUCUGGAUCAGUUUGAGUGUAUAUUUGUUUUUGGCAGAUGAAGCUGGAGUCUCUGCUGCACAUUAUAGAACCUCAAGUUACUUACUACAGUUAGAGUCUGUUGUUAAACUGUUCAGUUACCUUAAAUUAAACAUUUUUUGUUUCCAUGUUCAUAGAUACUUCAAAAUGGCAUGUAUUUUUUGUAACCAAGAUGUACAGACCUUAAGAGCUAAAAGGAAGAUGUACGUAUGGACUUGUACAAAAGAAAACCUGAGCUGUAAUCUAACUUGUUAUAAUGUACAAUACGUUUGUAUAGUCUUUGAUUGGGGGAACUUUUAUGCAGAAUGAAACCUUUUAUUUUUUUGUUGCACCUACAUUUUUGAUCCAUAUUUUACUGUGCCAUCCCAGAUCUUUGCUGUUUGUUCACUUCAGCCUCUCUGUUGCAAUUUAAGUUGCAACAACCGGCGGAUGUCCAAUCAUGCUUUCUGUGUUAUGAUUUGAUUCAGCCACGUAGCUCCUCUUGGUGAAGGUCACAAUAUGGUGUAUCAACUAAACUGAUGCUGUAUGGAGUGAUGAAAUACUCAGGCCUUGUGUUACACUCUUGUUUCAGGCUGAAGUUCCUUGACCUUAUAUAGUGACACACCAUUGUUAUUGCUGUUCUCUAUUAAAUCUAAUUUUUCCUCAUUCA